AUGGUGGUAUUCAAGGCAAUCAAAUGUUUGGCAGAUGAUUGGGCUCUUACAAAUUGUGCAGUGGUUAACGAUGAAGACUUUCGAAGCGAUACAAAAUACAUUGAGGUCCAACAUCAAAUCAAACCAGAUCUUAAGUUUUGGUUCACGACAUUGUUUGUGAAAAAUCCACCUCCGCGAGGAUGCAUAGCUUUUUCUGUGAAUCAACGGGAAUGGGCCCAACUCUCCAUCAACCAGCCAAUCAGUAUUACUUCUUAUCCGGGAAAUACAGCAAUUGAUUUUUUGUGUUCAGUUGAAGCUGAAAUUGAUUAUUUUCAAAAAAAUAAGACAAAAAGUGCUAAUGAACAAUUUGAUACAGACAUGAUGGCUAGAGAGUUUUUAGUAAACUUUACAAAUCACGUUUUGUCUGUCAGUCAAACAUUAUUAUUUCAGUUGCCAGAAAAGCCAUUGAUGGCUAUUAAGAUCAAAAGCAUUGAAGGUGUAAAUUCUCAAGAAAUUAAUUCUGGAGCUAAACCCCGGUCAAUUCAAUAUGGAAAAUGUUUGAGCAAUACCGCUGUACGGUUUGUAGUUGGCUCUAAUACUACAUUGUUGUUGGUAGGAAAGUCAAAAUGCCAACAAGCACGUGUAUCAAUUAUAAAUCCAGAUUUUGACUUCAACAAAAUGGGAAUUGGUGGUUUAGAUACAGAGUUUAAUGCUAUUUUUAGAAGAGCAUUUGCAUCUAGAGUAUUUCCACAAGAAAUUAUUGAACAACUUGGGUGCAAACACGUCAAAGGUAUUUUGCUAUUUGGUCCACCUGGAACUGGUAAAACAUUAAUGGCUAGACAAAUUGGACAAAUGUUAAAUGCACGUGAACCCAAAAUUGUUAAUGGCCCUCAAAUUUUGGACAAAUAUGUUGGUGAAUCUGAAGCCAACAUAAGAAGAUUAUUCGCAGAUGCUGAAGAAGAAGAAAAGAAAUCUGGUUCGUCUAGUGGCUUGCAUAUAAUCAUAUUUGAUGAAAUUGAUGCUAUUUGUAAAGCAAGAGGUUCUGUUGGAGGGAAUACAGGAGUGCACGACACUGUGGUUAAUCAGUUGUUAGCUAAAAUUGAUGGAGUUGAGCAACUAAAUAACAUCUUAGUUAUAGGUAUGACCAAUAGAAGAGACAUGAUUGAUGAAGCGUUACUGAGACCUGGUCGUCUUGAAGUACAAAUGGAAAUAAGUUUACCUGAUGAACAUGGACGUCAUCAAAUUUUGAAUAUUCAUACAACUCGUAUGAAAGAAUUUAAAAAAAUUGCUGAUGAUGUAGACAUGAAGGAGCUUUCAGUAAGAACUAAAAACUUCAGUGGUGCUGAGUUGGAAGGUUUAGUUCGUGCUGCGCAAUCAACAGCCAUGAAUCGUUUGAUAAAAGCUAAUAAUAAGGUAGAAGUCGAUCCUGAUGCAUCUGAAAAACUUCAAGUGUGCAAGGAUGAUUUUUUACAUGCUUUGGAAUAUGAUAUAAAACCUGCAUUUGGUGCUAGUGCUGAGGCUUUGGAACACUUCUUAGCACGUGGUAUUAUAACUUGGGGUUCAUCAGUCAGUGGAAUUUUAGAAGAUGGAACAUUGCUUACACAGCAAGCUCGUGUGGCGGAUACAUUUGGCCUCGUCUCUGUACUUAUUGAAGGACCUCCAAAUUCAGGAAAAACUGCUCUAGCUGCAAAGUUGGCAAAAGAUUCAGAUUUUCCUUUUGUCAAAGUGUGUUCACCUGAAGACAUGGUUGGCUUCACUGAAACAGCCAAAUGCUUACAAAUCAGAAAAAUAUUUGAUGAUGCUUACAGAUCUCAACUUAGUUGUAUUUUAGUUGAUAAUAUUGAACGUUUAUUGGAUUAUGGUUCGAUAGGUCCAAGAUAUUCUAAUCUAACAUUACAAGCCCUAUUGGUUCUGUUAAAAAAACAACCUCCUAAAGGUAAAAAACUUUUAGUAUUGUGUACAAGCAGUCGUAAACAAGUACUAGAAGAGAUGGAAAUGUUGUCUGCAUUUACUGCCGUACUUCAUGUCCCUAAUCUUAGUCAACCUGAAGAACUUAUUACGGUCUUAGAACAAUUUGAUUUGUUUACAAAACAAGAUAUCCACAAGAUCUACAACCAAAUAUCUGGGCACAAUGUUUUCAUUGGUAUAAAAAAGUUAUUGGCUUUGAUUGAUAUGGCCCGUCAAACAGAUCCAAAAGUACGAGUGAUUAAGUUCUUAACUAAAAUGGAAGAAGAAGGUUGUUUAGAUUUGGGUACUAUGAUACAUUAA